AUGUCUUUGAUUUACACUCUCGUCGUGACAAGUUUGCUAGUCGUAGUCGUAAAUGUGUGGAGGUUAUUGGAUUGGGAAACUAAGGAUGUUUUUAUGUCUCAUGAUGUUGUUUUCUAUGAAAAUGAGUUUCCUUUUGCCCUUGUGGAUUGUCCUGUCUCUGUUCCUCCCAUUAGUGUUGUGAAGGAGGCACCAAACCAGGUUUUAGUAGGAGAGUUCAUGGUGUUUGAUGAGCCAGAGAGGGCUUUGGGCGAAGAGGCUGAUGCGCAUGAUUCAGAGAGCGAGUUUAGCGUUGAACAACCGCAGUCGAGCGUCAAGCAGCCACAAUUGGGCAGAUGCGUUGAGCCUAAAUCUUACAGACAUGCCUUUUGUGAUCCUGGAUGGCGCGCAGCCAUGCAGAGUGAGAUACGAGCCUUGGAGGACAAUAGAACAUGGAGUUUGGAGGAUUUACCUCAAGGGAAGAAGACAUUAGGCAGUCGUUGGGUUUACAAGAUCAAGCACAAUUCUGAUGGGUCAAUUGAGCGCUUGAAGGCACGUCUGAUGGAUGUGCAUAAUGCCUUUCUCCAUGGUGAUCUGAUAGAGGAAGUAUAUAUGCGCCUACCACCAGGUUUUGAGUUCGGUCAUACCAACAAAUCUCGUUCAGAUCAUUCUCUAUUUUCCUUUGUGAGCAGUGAUGCUGUCUUACAUUUCUUGAUAUAUGUGGAUGACAUGAUAGUAUCAGGGAGUGAUUUGGGGACACUAAAGAAAUACGUUCUAUAUAUUAUUUUCGAGUGUGGUUUUUUGGGUACUAAGCCUGCUGGUUUUCCUAUGGAACAAAAUCAUAAGUUGGGGGAGUCAAUGAGUGCGCAGAUGGAGGAUCAAGAGAGCUAUCGACGGAUCACUAUCAGGCAACAUUGCGGGUUUGAGAUAUCUGAAGAAUGCCUUAUGACAAGAUCGGUUACUAGGUGGUUCGUGUUUCUUGGCUCUUCUCUCGUGUCUUGGAAGUCCAAGAAACAACCAACUGUGGCCUUAUCUUCCGCUGAGGCUGAGUAUCGAUCUUUAACAACUUUGAUUUGUGAGUUGAAGUGGCUACAAGGGGUCAUGGUGUUCCUUGGAGUACCUCAAUCGGGUAUGCAUGUGUACUCAGACAGCCAAUCAACUCUUCAUAUGGCUCAAAAUCCAAUGUUUUAUGAGCGUAGCAAGCACAUUGAAGUGAAUUUAUAUUUCUUACGGGAUCAUAUCCAGGAUGAGACUAUUGUUGUUUCUCAUGUUCCCACGACUUCUCAAUUGACUAAUAUUCUCACUAAGCCUCUUGGGAAACAAUUAUUCGACCAUUUUAGAUCCAAGUUGGGCAUCUGUGGUUUGCAUGUUCCAACUUGA